AUAUAAUUAAACUGCAUCACCAGUUCCUUUAACUUACAAACAGAAUUAACAAUUUCACUAUACACUGACUCAAAUUUCAAAACAUCACUCAUUGUUCAAUUCAUUUAUUUUCACUUUUUCUCAUAGAUUCUCCCAUUGCAAGCAAAAUUUGUGCACCUACAUGCAAAGACAAAAUGGAAAACGUAGUGUGUGCAGCACAGCGCAAUGGGACAAGAAUCACGCUUCAGUUCCAAGAAAGGUAUAAUUUCCAACACCACGGAAUGUCAAGUACGGGUGGAGCUAUACGUGUGGAGAGAGCAAGGAAGCCAAACUCCACGCAUGGCUUCAAAUUGAACCAUGGCCUCCGCAAGAAACAACCAGGUCUUGGAGUGCCGUUGAAAGCUGCUACUGCUGAAUCAGAGGCACGAAGUCAAACAAUUUCCACAGAUCCAAUGCUUGCAAAUUAUGUACCAGUAUAUGUGAUGCUCCCCCUGGGAGUUGUUACAAAUGACAAUGUCUUAGAAGACAGAGAGGGACUAGAGAACCAACUCAGGGAGUUACAUGCAGCAGGUGUUGAUGGGGUUAUGGUUGAUGUGUGGUGGGGUAUAGUAGAAGCAAAGGGGCCUAAGAAGUAUGAUUGGUCAGCUUAUAGGACCUUGUUUAAAUUGGUUCAAGAUUGCAAAUUGAAGUUACAAGCUAUAAUGUCAUUCCACCAAUGUGGGGGAAAUGUGGGAGAUUCUGUUUUCAUCCCGCUCCCUAAAUGGGUACUUGACGUUGGAAAUUCAAAUUUUAAUAUCUUUUACACAAACCACAAAGGUUUCAAGAACAAGGAAUGUCUAUCCCUUGGCGUGGACAACCAACCUUUGUUUCAUGGAAGAACUCCCAUUCAGCUGUACACGGAUUACAUGCAGAGCUUCAGAGAUAAUAUGGAAGAUUUUCUUGAAUCAGAGCUCUUCAUAGACAUUGAAGUAGGACUUGGCCCUGCAGGAGAGCUCAGAUAUCCAUCUUAUACAGAAACUAUGGGGUGGGUAUUUCCUGGUAUUGGAGAAUUUCAGUGUUAUGACAAAUAUCUUAAAGCUGAUUUCAAAGAGGCUGCUGCAAAGGCAGGCCAUCCUGAAUGGGAGCUUCCAGAUAACGCUGGGGAAACGAAUGACGAACCAGAAUCAACAGAAUUUUUCAAAUCAGGGGGAACCUAUCAAACUGAGAAAGGGAAAUUUUUUCUAACAUGGUAUUCCAACAGGUUGUUGACCCAUGGUGAUGAGAUCCUCGAUGAAGCCAACAAUGUGUUCCUAGGUUGCAAAGUGAAGUUAGCAGCAAAAGUUGCUGGAAUUCACUGGUGGUAUAAAACAGAAAGCCAUGCUGCAGAGCUUACUUCAGGAUAUUACAACUUAGAUCAUAGAGAUGGAUACAGACCCAUAGCAAAGAUGCUCUCACGACACAAAGCUAUUUUAAAUUUUACAUGUCUUGAGAUGAGAAAUCACGAGCAACCAGCUGAAGCCAAAAGUGGAGUCCAAGAACUUGUUCAGCGGGUCCUUAGCGGAGGUUGGAUGGAGAACCUUGAAGUUGCAGGAGAAAAUGCACUUUCAAGAUAUGAUCAUGAAGCUUACGAUCAAAUCCUUUUAAAUGCCAGACCAAACGGCGUAAAUAAAUGGGGGGCUCCAACACUAAAAAUGUACGGUGUGACAUAUCUCCGUUUGUCGGAAAAAUUAUUACAGCAAACAAACUUUGAUAUAUUCAAAGCCUUUGUCAGAAAGAUGCAUGCUGAUUUGGAUUAUUGUCCAGACCCAGAGAGAUACAAUCAUUUCACAAUUCCUAUGGAACGGUCAGAGCCAAAAAUCCCGAUGAAGGCUCUUCUUGAAGCAACGAAACCUAUGUCGCCUUAUCCAUGGUACAAGGAAAUAGACAUCAUUGUUAGUGAUGCUACUGGUUUUCUUCGUCAUAUAGUCACUACUAUUUUACGUGUAUUCAAACUGAAAACAAAGAGCAAGAAAUUAUAUGAUUAAUUCUGUUUCAAACCUUGAACAAUGUCAAUACGAAGUGGAGAAGAGAAAAUAGCUUCAAAUAGUUU